UUCGUACACGCUGGAGCUAGAAAUUACCGGAAUCGGGAGAGUUUCGCUUUUCGCUACUAUAUAUUCUGCAAUAGUUCCUCGCCGUUGCGUCGGGCGCAAGCAACGGUGAACGGACUUAACGAAUUAGCGGAUCGCAUCGCGUGGCGAGGGCGAGGGUGAGGGAGUGUCGUCGCCGUCGCGUCGUGUCGUGUCGUGUCGCGGUGUCGUCGGUGCGCAAUUCCGCGAUCGUGAGAUCAAGGGAGAGAGACGGAGAAGCGGAAAGGACAAAGAGAGACGGAUAGAUCGAGCGCGAGCGAGCGUACCACGUACCGCGUACCGAGUAUCGCGCGAGCGUCGAAAGUAACGAGUCAUCUACCGAUCCAAGAUGGCAGAAGGCCAGCAGGAGGGUGGUCCGAAAAAGAUCACCAUCAACGUGAAAACCCCGAAGGAAAAGCAGACCGUCGAGAUCGAGGAGAAUGCGACGAUAAAAGAAUUUAAGGAGGCAGUCUCCAAGAAGUUUAACGCACAGGCCGAUCAGCUGUGCCUCAUCUUCGCCGGCAAGAUCAUGAAGGAUCAUGAGACCCUCAGUACUCACAACAUCAAGGACGGCCUGGCGGUGCAUCUGGUGAUUAAGGCUCCACGCACCGCAACUACGCAGAAUCAGGAGUCCAACUCGGCCUCGAGACCACAAGCUGAUGUUAGUGCCAGUCCAUUUGGUUUGGGGAGCUUAGGUGGAUUGAUGGGAUUAGAGUCCCUUGGCUUAGGCUCAGCUAAUUUCAUAGACUUACAGCAACGUAUGCAACGGGAAUUGCUCUCGAAUCCAGAAACAAUGCGACAAGUGCUCGAUAAUCCAUUGGUUCAGAGUUUGAUGAAUGAUCCGGAGAACAUGCGCAAUUUGGUUACUGCCAAUCCCCAAAUGCAAGAAUUGAUGCAACGUAACCCAGAAAUCAGUCACAUGUUGAAUAACCCUGAACUUUUACGACAAACGAUGGAAUUGGCACGUAACCCGUCAAUGCUGCAAGAACUGAUGCGUUCGCACGAUCGAGCUUUGUCUAAUCUAGAAAGCAUACCUGGGGGUUAUAGUGCUCUACGUCGUAUGUAUCGUGAUAUCCAGGAGCCAAUGUUAGCAGCCGCAACGAAUGGUCGUAAUCCUUUCGCCGCUCUAGUGGAAAACAGUUCCAAUCAGGACUUGCAAAAUCCACAACAGGGUCAGGAAAAUCGGGAUCCGCUGCCGAACCCAUGGAAUCAAAGCCAGAAUGACACUGGUACGGUACAACAGAAUCAAAGCAGAGGUCUGCUAGAUUCACCAGGUAUGCAGAGUCUCACGGCACAAAUGAUAGAGAAUCCACAGUUAAUGCGAAACAUGCUAAACGCUCCAUAUACGAGAUCCAUAUUGGAAGCAAUGGCGGCUGAUCCAGCAAUGGCUAGUCGGGUAAUUGCAGCAAAUCCGUUUCUCCGUGGUAAUCCGCAGAUGCAAGAGCAAAUGCGUGCAAUGAUGCCCGCCUUCAUACAACAAAUGCAAAACCCGCAGAUACAGAACGUCGUCACCAACCCUGACGCUCUAGCUGCCAUUAUGCAGAUUCAGCGGGGUAUGGAACAAUUGCGCACCGUCGCUCCUGAACUCGUGGAAAAUAUGGGCCUUACGGUCCCACCUACACCCACAACACCGAACACGACCGGCACCAAUUCCAGUGUACCAACUACCCAAUCAUCGGACAGCAAUCAGCAAGACGCAUUUUCCCAGUUCAUGGCACGUAUGGUUUCUGCAAUGGCAUUAAAUCAAGGUGUAGAAGUUGACGGUCAACCUGUACCUCCACCAGAGGAACGUUACAGAGCACAGUUAGAACAACUUACGGCUAUGGGUUUUCUUAAUAGAGAUGCUAAUUUACAAGCGUUAAUUGCAACGUUCGGAGAUAUAAACGCUGCCGUUGAGAGACUACUCUCCAAUGGACAAGUGUCUAUGAGCUAACCACCAAUCCGCAAUACUGUUAUUCCAAUAUUACCUUUAAUUUUAUCCUUAUUUACCUCUUACGUUAAUGUACGUAAGAGAUAUUUGAGGUAACUGGCUGUCAAAAAUUAUAAACUUAUAUCCUCCCUCUUUCCUCUGCCCCUUUUUUCUCAGUCUUGACAGAAUACACGCUACUCACUCGUUCAAUUUGCAGUUUUUCUUAUUUAGAUUCAGAUUUGUCUGUGUUUUAGACGAUAGAUAGAAAAAUAUCAAUGGUAUGAUCAUUACUACUCGUUUCGCGAUCAGUUGUUCACCUUUUUGAAUCUCUCUUCUUGGUUCUUCGUCCGUGUAUCCUCUUCAAUGUGCUCUAUGUACGAUCAAUUUCCUAUGCUCUCAGGUCAUUGGAAUCGACUGUUUUUCCUCUAUUCUUUAGUCUAAAGCCUCGUCUACAAUAGUCGCACAGGUUGUGUCGGAUGUCGUGAGUAGUAGCAUCGUAGGAAAAUUUGUCGCAUGCCGCAAGAGUAUCGCUAAAUGAGCGUCUACAAUAGUCACAACGAUUGUUUGCACGUGAUUCGAUGACAAAUUCUAAACGUCAACUUGCUGUGCUGUGAUUGGCUGAGCUCAUGCGACAUGCACGUCGCAGUCGCAGAAAAUUGAAGUUGGCUCAACUCCGCACGACAAGAGCUCUUGCGACUACGACAAUCAUGCGACUAUAUGCGACAUUUCUGCGACAUUUCAUACGACAUGCGACACAGCUUGUGCGACUAUUGUAGACGAGGCUUUAAUUCUACCCGCGCAUAGGACGAAAAUGUUACGUGUUUCGGCUUUCUCAUAACCUGUGAGCAUGUAAUCGCAUCAUAUAGUAAUUUGUAAGUAAUGGAGAAUAUUAUAGUCACGAAACUAAUUUUCCGGAGACAUUAUUAUAUCAAUAUUUUUUUUAAUUUUUAGUAUUAAAAUUGUAAUUCCACGCGCGCGUGUGUGUGUGUGUGUUUAAGACUCUGAUAGUUUCACAAUUAGUUAUCCAAAUAUAAAUUGUCAAUAACGUAAUGGUGCACUGUCUCAAGAAUUAUUUUCAUGACUGUACAGAAACAAGCAAUGCUAAAUAAUUUAAUAGGACAGCAAAUCUGUCAAACGAAAGAUCCGAAUUUGACACCUCAUUUUGGCAUCUUGUAUAUAAAAAAUUUUAAAUGUGGAAGAAUAUUCAUAUAAUAAUAAAAAUAAAAUAAAUCACCAAAUAUAUGAUUAACGAAGAAAUUAACACUUGCAAGUAUUCUCCCUCUGCCUUCCCAAUCUUGAUGAGUUUUAGAUAUGUUUUGUGGUAAAGAUAAAAAUAAAAGACAUGUAUUUUUUUAUGAGUGCUCUUACACACUUGGCGAAACAUUUAGAAUAGAAUCGACAUUCAUUAUCGUUCCAACGAAAUAUGUUUAAAACAUAAAAAUCGAUUCGUUUCAUCCCUUUUGUACGCAUAGAAGCACUUGUAUUAUAAAAUACAUGUGUCUUUUGUUUUGAUUUAAACUAUAACGUAUCUAUAGUGUCUCAAUUUUGACGAGGGCGAGAACAGUGAAUACAUAAGUACAUAUGAAUAAAUGCAUUGUAUAUCCUGAUCCUUUGAAGAGCAGAAAUUCAAAUAAUCAGAAUAAGAGAGGAAAGACAGUUGAAGAAAAAUCUAAACUAUAAAAUCUUUGAACACAGGAAAUCGACUGUAGCUCCGUCGAUGUCAUUUUUCCGUGUAAAUUUUGUUAAAAUAUCGAGCUAAUUAUUAAUUAAGUAGACUGUAAUACGAUGAUAUUCAUAACACAGUUCAUUACGCGUAAUAUCUUUACGACGUUUCUUAGGAGCAUGAACGGAACCCGCAUGGAAAAUAUAGAUUGCCGCUAUUUAACAAACUCGCUUUCUCGGCUUCAUCGAUCGAUCGAGAGUGUAUUCACAGUACAGUCAAUCAUCCCUUUUGCUUUCAGAUAUCCUGAUACUUGUAAUCUUGUAGCAAGGUAUGUUAUUUGUACGUUCUCAAUAAAGGAACGACCGAACGUUGAAAUCCAUUGGGAAUGAAUGCUUUUUGGUGCACGGAUUUCGUAAUUAUUUUAUACACAUGUAUGUAUAUAUAUAUAAAUA